AUGUUUUGCAAGAGUGAGUUCAAGGGCGUGUUCUACAUCGAGGUCGGGUCCGACUCAGCGCGCCAGGUGUUCCCCGGCGCGGUCGAUGCUUUCGCGAAGAGGCAGCGCGGGAGUUUAGGGGGCGCCGUCUGGGCAAAGCCGGACCCCCCCCCGACGUCCGCGCGAAGCGCGUGGUCCUCUCCGGGUUGUGCCGCAUGUUGGCGAAGUGGGGUUUCCAACGAGGCGAGCAUCGAGAUCGACGCGGACUGCUCUUCCAUGUCGGUUGCCAGGGCGGCGGUGGCCAAGACGGUGGUGAAGGACUUUCGCUUCGAGCUGCAGUGGGUCGACCUGGAGUGGGGUGGGGUGGGAAGCGCUGGGCUUUCCGAGAUCACCGCGGCGGCCCAGGCGAAUUUCGACAGGGCGAAAGGCUCCGGCGAAAGUAGGGGCGGCGCGGAGACAGACAGGAAGUUUCGGUUUCUUUCCUCGCGGCGGAGAGCGGCGACGACGCGGAAAUAUUGA